AUGGAUAACAUGUCUUACUUUGGGAUACUGACUCUAAUGGUGCCCAAAGAAUCUAAGUCAUAUAGGCAUGUCUAUUUUAUUUGCUUCCUUUUCUUAUAUGUGCUUAUAUUGUCAAUUAACAUCCGUCUUAUUAUGGCCAUUAUCAUGGAGAAAUCUCUUCAUGAACCAAUGUACAUAUUUUUGGGUCAUUUGUGUAUAAAUGGGAUUUAUGGAGCCACAGGAUUCUACCCCAAAAUUUUGUCUGAUUUAAUAUUGGACUCAUAUGUGAUCUCCUUUCAUAUGUGUGCUCUGCAGAUAUUUGUGAUUUACAGCUCUUUACUGUGUGAGUUCACAAUCUUAACUGUGAUGUCUUAUGAUAGAUAUGUAGCUAUAUGUAAACCUUUAGACUAUCAUUCCAGAUUAACUAAAAACACUUGUGUGAAAUUAAUUCUGUUUUCAUGGAUUGUUCCCACUUUUUCUGUGUUAACUGGCACUCUGUUGUCAAAUUUAAGGCCAUUUUGUGCCUAUCACAUAGAUAAAUUAUAUUGUGACAACUGGUCAAUUGUAAAACUGUCUUGUGGUUCAUCUUUUGUUAAUAAUGUCUAUGGAUAUAUUGUUGCUGUUAUAUGUUCUAGCUUUGUAGCAAUUAUAAUAUUUUCCUAUAUAAAACUAAUUGCUGCAUGUAAAAUAUCUUUAGAAAACAGAAGGAAAUUCUGGAAAACAUGUCUGCCACAUAUAUUUUCACUGAUAAAUUUCUCUUUUGCUUUGCUUUUUGAUUUUAUGUAUAGCAGAUAUGGUUCAAAUGACAUUUCAGAGAGUUUGCGUAAUUUUUUGGCUCUAGAACUGGUGAUAGUCCCACCUGUGUUCAAUCCUCUUAUCUAUGGGUUAAAUAUUAGAGCAGUGCGGAAAAGUGUUUUUACUUUAUGUGUUGCAUCAAAAGUAAAUGUUUCACGUGCACAAAAAAGACGAAAACAUAAAAAAAAAUAGUCAUGACAUUUGGGUUUUCAUAUAUAUGAAGUAUUACAAAAAGUGGGAACGAGUUUGUUUAUCAUAAGUGUAUUACACUAAUAAAGUGCAAUAUAUGUAUAAAUAUAUGUAUCUUAAUUAAAAAACAAAAAUAUCACCAAAUAUAGAGGUUUGUUUAACAAUAUCAAGUCCCCCUGAUAAUAAUGAU